UCUUAAUGUGGCAAUAUCGAUACCACUUGCUUGUUUCUUUCGUGCUGUUGAUUUCAAAACUUUUUGUUCGACGAUUUGCAUAAUUUUACAAAAACUCUUCCAGUAAAGAUCAACUUAGAAAUAUUUGUGAUUUAAACUAGCAAAUAUGACCAGCAAACCAACGGUUAUUGUAUUAGGAGGGUGUGGAUUCAUUGGUCGCAGUUUGGUGACUUAUCUCGUUGAAAAUGAUAUCACUGAGGAAAUCCGUGUGGUGGAUAAGACGCCGCCACAAAUGGCCUGGCUAAAUGAGCGACACAAUCAAGCUUUUGAUAACAAAAAAGUGGAAUUUUGUAGCGCUAAUCUCAUUAAUGCCGCUUCCUGCAAAAAUGCUUUUACUCCACACCCAGCCACAGGGCGAACGUGGGAUAUCGUAUUCAACUGUGCUGCCGAAACACGUCCUAAUCAAACAGAAGCUGUAUAUAAAGAAGGCAUACUUAAGUUAAGUAUGAAUUGUGCCAACGAGGCGGCAAACGUUAAGGUAAAGCGGUUUGUCGAGUUGAGUUCAGGUUGUAUGAAUAGUUCGGAAAAGGUGCCGCAAAGAGAAGAUUGUAAGACAGAGCCCUGGACUUGCGUAGCUAAGCAAAAAUUAAAGGUCGAGCGUGAGCUUGAAACACUCAGCGAUGCAUUGCCAUAUACCGUUGUACGAUUGCCAAUUGUAUAUGGCUUGGGAGAUAAGCGCUACUUAAUGCCGCGCAUUAUUGUAGCUGCCAUAUAUAAGUAUUUAAAUGAAUGCAUGAAACUGCUGUGGAAUGACUCCAUGCGUCUGAAUACUGUACACGUUGAUGACGUGUGUGCGGCUUUGUGGUUUUUGGCACUCAAUCCAAAUGCUGCAGGGGAAUUGUACAACAUUGUUGACGACGCAGAUUCUACACAAGGAACCAUUAGUGAUAUUUUAUCCGAUGUAUUUUCAAUAAACGUAGAUUACUUUGGCGUUGUCAUGUCUAAUUUGACAAAGUUAAGUCUUUCUGAUACGGUAAGUGAUGUCAAUGAUAAACAUAUGACGCCAUGGGCAGAGAUUUGCCAAAAAAAUGAAAUCAAUAACACACCCUUAACGCCAUACUUAGACGAGGAGCAAUUAUAUCAUAAACAUUUAUAUUUGGAUAAUACAAAGCUAAAGACUUUAGGAUAUGUGUUUAAGGUGCCCAAAUUAACACGCGAUCAUGUGAUGGAAAUAAUAGAAGACUAUGAAAAGCAAAAACUAUUUCCAAAAUCGUUGAUGUUUUAAAAUCCGUAUCACUGAUUUUGGUACUUAAAAA